CGUAAUUUGGAAAGGCGAAGAGAAAUCACUAUCGCUGUACCAAAUUUCAGAAGGAUUCUUGAAAUGAGAAAUAUUGUUGGAAAUCAAAUUUACCGAUCCGCUUUCAUGUCAGCGUAUCAGAAUAUUGGGAUUAUGGAGUGCUGAAUGCAAAGAAAAAUGGCGAAAUAUUCGCAAUGUUUAUGUACGAAAUAUGAAACCCGGUAAAAGCGGAGCUGGAGCAAAAAAGAAGAAACCAUAUUACUUAAAUGAGGUGAUGCAGUUCACGUUGCCAUUUAUUAAAUUAUCAACAGAGUCGGUUUCUGGGAACCUAGUCAGCCCACCAAUCAACGAAACGAAUCAACCUGACGUUUAUGAUGAUAUCACCGAUGAUGAAGAUGGAUCGCAAUCAAUACUGGCCAAUUUUAACAAUUCACAUACAUCUAUUAAUCAGAUAAGUACAGAACAUGAACCAAUUCCAUCACCACAGUCACCGACAGUGCCGACGCCUUCGCCACAAUCUCGACCAUUGCCAACGCCAUCGCCACAUUUAUCAACAGCAUCAGAGCCGACGCCAUCACCGGCAUCGAUGACUUCAAACCUUUCUUCGAAAAAAAAACCCGCUAAACAAGCUAAGGCAGAAACAGCUGAAGAUCUUGCACAAAAUCCAAAAACAAUGUUUCUGCUCAGCUUAUUGCCCGAUCUAGAACUAGAACCUAUGUCCGACAGCCAAAUGAGAAAAUUUAAACGAGGUGUUAUGCAAUUAAUAGACGAAAUUCUGGAGGAUAAGCCUAAGCCUACUACAACAGCUUCAGUAGCAGACUCAAAUAUUACUUUAUAUUAUGAAACAAUUGGACAAGAUUUCACCACACCUGUUGUCAAUAAUAUUUGAUAAAUUAAAUAACAUUCAUUUAAGAAAUAACUAUCAA